AUGAAUGCUGCAUUUGUGGGCGAAGCUUUGCCAGGAGGUAAGAGCCGCUCGCUGGCUGCUUGCCGUCUUGGCUAUAGAGGGUCGGCUGAUCGAUCCAACAGUGACAGUUUGAACCGACAUGUGCUCCAGCAUAGUGUAUUUCCGACGAAAAGAACACCGUCAGCAUGUCAGACAUGUCGCCGUCGUAAGACAAAGUGUGAUUCCAACUACCCUUGUUCCACAUGUGCCGACAGCGGGGAAUCAUGUGUGCGUGAGCCGUCUAGUACACAGGCAUUUACCCCUGUGACGCGAUCACCCCGUGAGGGUUCCCUUAGAGAGCAAACGACGCCAAUUGAUGCAGAGGAACUAGACCCCGCUGGCGCUUGGAACCUGAUCAUGCCAAGUGCAGAGGAUACCUCCCCUAUACAAGUGUCCCCCAUGCAACUGGAUUGGAAUCCUCCGAUGAAUCGAAGUGUGAGUAACAGCAUCGCCGAUACCCGCUCUGCCUCGGGCAAUGUGUGCGCGGAAGAUUCCCUGCAACCACUAAUCGAUCCACUGAUGGCCAUGAUGUCCGGGAUCAAUACAACCACAUCUACACCGAGCGAGAUCCCUUUGUACUACGGCGGGCCAUCUGACAUCAUGAGCUUUCAGUUUGACGCACCAGUCUGGCAACCUUCUGAACUGAGGGAUUACUUCGGUACAGACCAAUCUGAAAUAUACAUGAGCAAUGUGCCAACCUAUAACCCUGCGGAUUUUCAACAAACACAGCUACCUCAAUAUUUAGGAUAA